AUCCCCUUCAUUUCCUCGGCUCACCCUGCUCGUCUAUCCGUUGUCUAGGUGAUGGAUUGACGUCGAACCCCGUGGGACGAAUUUUUGCAUGCACGGAGUCGACGCCGACGCGGGUGAAGAUGGCCCCUAGUCUACGAGAACUGAUUGAUUUUCUCCUCGCGGAGAUUGCUCUCUGCGGUGAUCAAGGUGCGACUCCGGCUGAUAUACUAACCUUCAUCGAGACCUUCUAUGCCAAGGCUGCGCAAGAUGCAACCCGCGCUCACGCCGUGGACCGUCGGUUCCAGGAGAAGGUCUGGUCCUGGUUGAUGAGGAACCCGGAAGUCUCCGUUGGCAAAGAUAGAGAAGGGAACCAUCUCAGCCUCCAAGAUGCGGAGGCAGAUCCCACCCGGGUCUUCGUAUCCGAAGAGCGAACCUGGCUCGCAGUCACCGGUCAUGGACCGGAUGAAACCAAGGUCUUUCCGACUGAAUUUGCCCUGCUCUCUAUCAUUGCAUCGCGAAAGCACAAAGGCAUUGCCCAAACAGAGCUUGUCAAAGUUAGUGGCCAGGACAAACGUUCGGUUCCCAAGCGAACGGAUCUUCUGCAGAAAAAGGGCUACAUCGAGAAACGGGCGAUCCAAGUCAAGUCCACCCGGACGAGCCUUUGUACCCUGCGCAAGUUUUUGUCACCGGAGCACCUCAAGGACAGACAAGCUGGCCAGGAUUCAGAGACGACAGUACGGGGUGAUAACAUGAUUGAUUUCAGGGAGUUCACCGACCGGCUCUUCGAGAUCCUCCAGGAGUACCAGAUUAUUUCCCGCAAUGAUCUCAAGGAGAAGCUCGGGUUUGCAGAUCAUUGGCGCUGGAGGAUCCUAUCUCGGGCGCUACGGAAAUUCGAGCGCAUAGGAGUCCUGAAGCGUGUCCGAGCAUUGUCCCAAUAUGCGCAAACUAUAAAGAAGUUCCACCCUUGUGUCAUGCUCAUUCGUGAGCCAACGGAAAGAGACUUUGAGCUCUUCAACGAAUUUAGUCGAGGCAUAUUCUCUAAUCUGGAGCAGGAAGACAAUGUCGACAUCGAGGAUGAUCUUGAGCAGGAUGGCACAUCACCAGGCGCGUUGCAGCCGGAGUAUGGUGGCUCACUUGGCCCUGUGAAGAGUGAUGCAGUAGAAGAGGCUGGCCGAAUUCUUCCCUCUUGGACUGCAGAUAGGAACAUCCAUAAUCUGAUCAUUGAAACUGUUGAUCAAACAGGGACUAGCGGGAUUACCAACCAGGGGAUUUUGAGGGCCUGUUUUGGCAGCUACUUCCGACGACCUUUGGAGAAUGCAGUGAGCCGUCUUGUGGAAUGCUGGCAGCUAUCUCAGCCUCUGCAUCUGCGCCAUCUCGCUAUCGUCAGAGAUACGGCACUUCAGCGGACUAUCACUCACUAUGUCCAUUAUACCGCAACGAACUUCAAGCAGAUCGUCGACUCCGGAGAAGCAGUGUGGGAGGCGGUUGAAUUUGCCCCGAAAAAGAUCAAGUCGAACAGUGUCCGUAUUCCCCCUGUAGAUGCUGUCCCUGAACUUGAUGAGUACGGACUGCCCCUCGCUAUCCCUAGAAAAGAGGUUUUGAAGAACGGUCAUGCCACUCUUCUGGAGUGUAUAACGGUGGUGAAACCGCCAAAUUACAUAUUUUCAAGCAGCGAUGCUGUAGCGGCACGCCUGAAGGAUGGAACAUACACAAUACACCAACGCAUCCGAGGUUCAGACAAUCCCCCAGCACACCCUGGUGCUACGCCGGUUAGGAUGAAAAACGAACGCCGGGAUGCAUCCGAUACUGAGAUGGGCGAUGCGCCUAGUGUUAAACCGAAAGGGCGCCCAAGGAAGUUGAAGCAAGAUCCCGACGCUUUCCGAGGCAUGUCUGAAAAAGAGAAGCUCGAGGCUCUCGGAUUGGACGCAACGUGGACGGAGUAUAGCGUCCUGCUUCUUGAACGCACCGGCCCAGGGGUGUACAUCACCCCGCGUGGACGACGGCGACCGGCUGGUAAAAGGCAGGGACGUCCAGCGGUCAGCCGGAUUGCUGUAUUCAGGACACCAAGGCUGGCUUCACUUCCUUGGUUCCAGAAAGAGGCAGCUGGUUCCGACAGUGAUUUCGUCUCUGCGAGAGAGUCCCCUCUCCGGGACAGCGCACAGCCUCCAUCCAUGCCUGCAAUUGAUGGGGAUAGCCCCGAGCCACUAACCUCGCUAGGUAGUCCCGUCCGGGGGUCUAAAAGAAGGCUGCGGCAUCUUGGCUCAGAUACAUUGCUUGGACCCGGAAGUGCUUCAAAGCAGCGUCGUGUCGAGGAAGUCAAUGGUGAUUCGCAAGAUACCCUGCCGGUUGCCGAGGCACAUGAACGCGAACCUGAAAGUAUGCAGGUCUCACCCAGGAGAACGAAAAGGAAAAGGGUUAUAUCACCGCAGCUCCGAGAACAGAAUUACACUCCUACGAAUGAUCGUGCUACGCAUGAUGUUCCUUCGACCGAAGCUUUGACACAAGGCGGCAACGAUGAGCCUGCCAUUCGCACUGGGGCCGACAUCGAAACGCCAUCGAAGAGAACACGCUCCGGACGAGGCUUGCGGGGUGGCAAGGGUAUACCGGUUGGCCCAAUCGCAACUGAAGCAGACAGCCAUCCUGCAUCAACGACGGCAGAAGGGCUUCUCGAUAACAUUCCCGUGGCCAAUGCAGCUUCAGAUGUCGCCAAAACAGACGCGGCUCAACGCCAAAACCUGGCUGAAAGCCACCCCGGCCCUUCUGUGCCCCCUUCCGAAACGGCGCCCGAGAAAAUGAUUGAAACCACAGGAACACCGGAAACGUCGACCAAAAAGCGACGGAUCUUUGCAGAGAAGGGUGGAUCAGUCGCUGUCCUCCGGAGGUCAAUCGUAAUGGAUAUUCUAGAGCAAGCUGGUGGCGCAUAUCCUAUGGGUACAGAAGUCUGGUAUCCAUUCAUGACAGCAUGGCAGAAGAAACGUCAUAAAGAAAUCCCCGAUCUGCGCACAAUCAGGACAGUCGUGAAAACGAUGAUCGAUAGUGGCAAGGUCCGCCAGUUGACCUUUAGUGGUAGAGACAGCAAGGGGGUGAUGGUGACCAAAAGCAUCAUGUACAAAGCUGAUAUGCAGCCCGAUGACCCUUUGAUCCUGGACAUGCAGAAGAAGAUGCUGGCCGCGAGUCGAUACUACUUCCCGCCCAAUGUUGAAAUCGACCCUGAGAUUUCGAAAAAUGGCAAUCGGAGCACCCCACGCAAGGACAUGAAACAACUUUCUCAGCUCCCUGUUGAACGCAGUGUGACGGUCCAGCUACACCAGAAGCCAGCAGUGGUCCGAGCCGUGGAAAGACGCCGACACAACAUGUUGCGAACCGAACUGUUGCAGCGGCUGAGUAUGGGAGAUGACUAUGACCUUGAUGCAGCAGAUGGAUCUGAAAUCGUCCGACUGAUGACGUUCCGUCGCCGCUCGACCAAAGACAAUGCACACGGAGUAACAUCAAUUUCCCGACCAGAGCGCAUGGGGGAUGGGACUCGGCAAGGGCAAAGACGGCGGGCCGAGGCAGGCCUGGCUUCUCUUCGCAAGAUGAGGCGUCUUUGGUCCUCCAUCGCACCGUACACAAUGCUGAUGAAUACGAAAUCUACUUUCCACCCCACCACUGGAACCUUCGGUACGGAAGCCGGGAUUCCGGCUCUGCAGGCUGCCAAAGAGCGUGCGAAAGCGGCCGCCAGAAAGAAAGGUCAUCAUAUGCCUUCGGAGUUGCCGCAUUCUCUCGAUGAUAUCUUCAGCCAGACGCGGAGACGUACCAUGGAUUAUACUGGGAAAUCCGACCCGCGGUCACGUCGGUUCUUCCGGGACAACAAUGUCAUUCUCAAGUGGGAGCUCAACAAUGAAGAUCUGCUCCGUCGGAAGAGCUCAGACCUACUGUAUAUCAACCAGACCGUUCAGGACAUGGAGACUCCAGGUAUCGACGGUGACAUCCGGUUCGACGUGGACGAGCAAACCGGGAGGAUGGCGAUACCGCGGAUCCCCAUGACACGACAGAAAGCGCGCGUUGAACACCAGGUCACCCAACCUCGGCGUCGACGCUCUGAACCUUCUAUGGAGCCAAAGCACCGUCGUCUUGCCAAGUUGAACGAGAGCCUGGCUACCGACGAGAAUCGGUAUGCUUCAGCCCAAGCCGGGCCGCGCCAGCCAGCCCGUCGUAGCCGCCUUGUUGCGCAAAUGCCGCAGACCCUCGUCCAGCAGUUCAUCGCGGCGAUUGUCGCCGUGCGCAGUUUAGCCGGGGGUGCUGAUGCUCGUUUGAUCGAUUGGUCCCUUCUUUGUUGCUGCUUUCCCGAUCUGGACCCAGCCUUUGUCAUUGGCCGAGCGAAGGGGGUUCUUAACAAAUACCGGCUGCAGAUCGCCAAGCUGCAGGGUGAUUUCCAGGAGCGAUUCAUCGAAGCCUAUGCCAAUGACCAGGUACCCCCGAUUGACUACGACGACCUCGAAGCGUAUGACUGGGAGGGGGUGGUUGAGUGGGCGAACACGCAACUGGAUGCACCCAGGUUUGAGAAGCUGCCAGACCUGCCAGCAACGCGGGAGCAGUUUGACAGCGUUUUUGAUUUGCGACAGGAACCGGGUGUGCCACUGGAUGAACUAUACCAGGCCACUCAAUCAGUCACGUUGAGCCGUAAGCGGGCGCUCAUCGCCAGUGUUCCAUUCGCUGCGCCCUUGUCCGAUCAUUUGCCCCGGCCUCAACCGCGCCGAGAUGAGCUGUCGCGCCUGGACGUUGCGAAGACAUGGGUGCGGGCCAACGUCGUGACCCCGGAAGAGACAUAUCGCCCCGGCGACGCGCGACAGGCUCUGGAGGGCUUUGGAGAACAUGUUGUGCAGCAAGCGUUGCAGUCAUUGGUGACGGAACGCGCCCUUUCCAUGGGUAAUCGGGGACGCAUCACCCCUGGCCGGAACUACGACGUGACAGAGCACUUCCUGUUGACGCUAGGAAAGCGGCGUGUGAUCGAAAGUACGGAGCUGCGACGCGCGCAGCGAUUCAAAACGGAGAUUUUGGACCCGGCCUUUCUCGGGCAGGGGUACUUGGACAUUGAUUACAACGCGGAUGACGGAGACAUGCUCGUUGUGAUCAACCUGUUUGCUGCGGGGCGGGUGGUGUUACAACCGCGUGAUGCACCGCGCGAGAAGUACGGACUGACAGAUGGGGGAUACCUGACGCGGCAGAUCGACAAGGGCAAACUGCGGUUUCCCGUGGAGGUGCGGCCCGCCAAUUCGUACGUGUACGGGAACCCUAUCCAGGAGAAGACCAGCCACCUUACAGCUCCGCGUCCACCGGAGGGCAUCGACGCAGCCACGCAGCUGCCGGCGAAGGUACCGCUGUGGUACGACAUCCAUGGGGAGUUUGUGCGGGUGCUGUGGGACAUGGCAGUGGCGGCGGUGGUCGGAUGCGUGGCAACGCGGCCGGGGAUCAGCGCGAGCGCGAUCGCGGGGAUGGUGAAGCCGACGAUGGGCGGAUGGGAGGUGCAGUUACUGUUGGAGUGGUUGGAGGGGGUUGGAGUGGCACGAUUGGAGGGAGAGCAAAAGCAAGGGGAGCAGGAGCGAACAGAGGACCAAGCAGGAUGGAUGGUUCAAGAAUGGUGGUGGAUGGUCUUGGGAUGAACUGUAAUUAUUCAUUAUGAGAGUACAUAGCACUGGUGUAAUGACACAGUAGGAUGCCUGAACUAUACAGCGAAUGUAAUUCAGCC